AUGAAGGUGCUGGGUCCCCAACUGGAUGGCACCGGGAGCUUCGGCGAGCACUUCGCCCGCCUGACUCCCAGGGCGCUUGGAGUAGCGAACAGCCUGGCGAGGCUGAUGCCGAACCUGGGAGGGGCGAGCGGUCGUGCUCGUCGACUCUACGCCGCAGUCGUGCAGGCCGUGGUGCUGUACGGCGCCCUAAUCUGGGCGAACGGGGCGGAGGGCACCGCGCGCAUCAGGAGGCAACUGCGCCAGGUGCUGACCGGGCACGGCUGCUUCGGGAAGUACCUGCACCGAAUCGGAAAGGAGGCCACCACUAAGUGCCACCAUUUUGACGAGGUGGAGGACACGGCGCAGCACACGCUGAAGCACUGUCCGGCGUGGGACGAGCCGCGCCGUGUCCUCAGGGAGGAGGUCGGAGACGACCUCUCCCUUCCGGCCAUUGUGGCGGCAAUGGUCGGACGCGAAACGAGGUGGCGGGCAUUCCUGGCCUUCUGUGGCCAG